AUGUGUUCAUUACUGUACGCUGCGGCAUGUACAUACGAAGAUGGCGCGAGUCCCAAUGCGCAAAAGGGCAACUGCAUGAAUGCGCUUGUACAGCACACCGACAUCUAUGACCCAGAUCAAGACGCUACUAUAUCAGGUAUUACCUACAUGAGUAAGGGCCUCGGGGUCCGAAUCAUGGCUUUCAUUUCGGAAGUUUUGGAAAAUCGAGCAUGCCGAGCUUCAACGAUCGUGGUACAAAGUGAGGACUCCAGGCGAGGUCAAACACUUAAUCUCGCCAAAGUACCAAACAACGCGAUUUUGCUUCGGCUUUCUGAUGGAGCUUGA